AUGACUGUCAACUCAGAGGAGCAUCAAUACCUGGAUCUCGUCCGGCGGAUCAUUGCGACUGGUCAGCACCGUCCAGACCGUACAGGAACCGGAACCUAUGCUAUCUUUGCGCCGCCUGCACUCCGCUUUUCUCUCGCCGACGGAUCAUUCCCUCUGUUGACGACCAAACGAGUCUUCACCCGAGGUAUCAUUGAAGAGCUCCUGUGGUUCAUCUCGGGAUGCACAGACGGCAAGGUGCUCACGGCAAAAGGUGUCAACAUCUGGGAAGGGAACGGUAGUCGGGAAUACCUCGACAAGGUCGGCCUGAGUCACCGACGCGAAGGGGAUCUCGGUCCUGUCUAUGGAUUCCAAUGGCGACACUUUGGAGCAGAGUACAAGACGUGUGACGAUGAUUACACGGGACAAGGGGUCGAUCAGCUGGCUCAGGUCAUCGAAAAGAUCAAGACCAAUCCAACAGAUCGACGUAUCAUAUUCACCGCUUGGAAUCCAAAAGACCUAUCCAUCAUGGCCUUACCCCCCUGUCACAUGUUUUGCCAAUUCUUCGUCACCCUGCCCACCGAGCCUGACUCCAAGCCACGCCUCUCUUGUCUCAUGUACCAACGAUCAUGCGAUACGGGACUCGGCGUACCGUUCAACAUUGCCUCCUACGCCCUGCUGACCUGCAUGAUCGCAUUGAUGACCGAUACUGAACCACACGAGUUCAUCCUCCAGAUGGGUGAUGCGCACGUCUACGCCAACCACGUUGAAGCGCUCAACACUCAGCUCGAACGUGAACCUCGCGAAUUCCCCAAACUCGUCAUCAAGCGGAGCAAAGAGGAGAUUGGAAGCAUAGAUGGAUUCAAAGUGGACGACUUUGAGAUCGUGGGUUACAAGCCUUACAACAAAAUUGGAAUGACCAUGUCGGUGAGUUACAACGUACGUUUUCAAUGCUGA